UAUUUUCAGACUGCCAUAAGUGGCCAUGCCUCCUGUGAUAGUCUCCCCUGAUCUGGAUGUCACAUCCUUCCAGAAUGAUCUUGGACAACUGGACAUUGACUUCCUGUUACCUAAUGGUAUAUGUGUACCAUUACAGGUAGACAUAGAUAGACCACUUGAUCAAAUAAAACAGGAACUAUGGAAACAAGCAGCAAAUUACCCACUGUUCCAGCAGCUGGCAACAUUUGACAAAUAUGGCUUUCUUUACAUCAGUGGUGAAGGACAAAAGGAGGAUGUUAUGGAUGAAAGUGUUGGAAUAGCCGAGUUACGCUUGGCUGCCUCUUUCCUUAAAGUAGUCGAGAAACCUGCUGACGACAAACGUAAAACAAUUGACAGACAGAUUAACAGUUUGAUUGGCAUGAAAGGUUCUAACUACAUUCAAGCUCAGCAUUCAGUGAGUAAGGCAGAGAUAUCAGAGUUUAGACAGAAGAUGACUACUUAUUGUAACAAUGAUGUACUGAAGCAAGCCAAUCAGGAUCCAACAGGUUUGGUUUAUUUUGAGUACAAGCAUCCCUGUCGACUUAGAAGUACCAGUGAGCUGCCUCCAGAUGUAGAGAACAUGGUUAUAGAUUAUAUUGUACUGACUGUGAUUGUACAGGAAACUGGGACUUCAUACAAAUUGCGAGUUAAGAAAGUGUCCACACCAGAUGAGUUAGUGAAAAUGACUGUUGAUAAAUGGUCAAGCAAAUCAGGACAGAAGACUAAAAACUGCAAUGAUUAUGUUCUUCAAGUUCUUGGAAUGAAUGAUUUUCUUUAUGGUGAUAAUCCUCUGGUUAUGUUUAAGUAUGUAUAUUCCUGUAUUGUGAAAAACACAGCACCAGAAUUUUGGCUGAAGAAUAAAUCAUCUGUCUUAGAAAAACAAGAGGUGUCACAACCACACAAAUCUUCCAGAACGUCUUUCCAGGAAGAAAGAAGAAAUACUGUGCGGUCAGAGAAGAGAAGUGGACACUGUGUGUGGGACAUACACAAUAACUUUUAUAUAACCUUACACACAGCAUGCAAUGUUCAAGUUCCAGAAAACUGCAGAAAUCUACAGGUACGUUUGUGUGUAGGUGUGUUCCAUGGACCUGAUCCUUUGUGUAGUAUUCAGGAAACCAAAGAAGUCUUUGUCUCACAAGAUGGACUAUGUAGCUUUAAUGACUGUAUAAACUUUGAUAUUAAAGUACAGGAUCUUCCUCAAAUGAGCAGGUUAUGUUUUGGACUCCAUUGCAAGAAAGGAAAGGAACCGUUAUUAUUAGCUUGGGCUAAUAUUCCAAUUUUUGACUACAAAUCAAAUCUACAAAAAGGGAAACUGAAGUUACCAUUAUGGCCAAGAUCAGAACUUAUACAACAGGAAGAAUCAAACUGUUUUCCUGUUGGAACAGUAGCCACAAAUCCUCAGGGAGAUUGUUCUAUGAUAGAAUUUAGUGUUCCAGAUUUCACUAAGAAAGGAUCCAUAUAUUACCCUCCUAUUGAAAAGGUUUUACAAUGUGCCAGUGACCAUAUGGAAGAGCCAGGGAAAUGUGGGUCACCAGUUUUAGAACUGGCCAGUACUCAUAUAGAAGCUCCAGGAAUGCCAGGCUCUACUACUUGGAGACCAAACAAGAACAUUGUUCAGCAGCUAGACACCAUACUGAGAGCUAACCAGUACACUGUACUUCAGACUUUGGACGAACAGCAGAAACAACUUAUUUGGUGGAUGCGUUAUGACAUACGCGACAAAUGCAGCGAGUUCCCUCAUGCUCUGUUGUAUGUGUUAUAUUCAGUUAGCUGGGACAACCAUAUUGAAGUUUCCAAGAUGCAGGCACUAUUACAGACAUGGCCUACACUAGAGGCAGAUCAAGCCUUAACAUUGCUAGAUUUUACAUUCCCAGAUAAAUAUGUCAGAAAGAAAGCCACUGAAUGGUUAGAUGAACUGCCUGAUCUGUCCAAACCUAAUAAAAAAUUUAAUCGUUAUGUACGUGAUGAAGAAUUGGCUCAGUAUUUGCUACAGUUAGUACAGGCUUUAAAGUAUGAGAACUAUUUAAACUGUGAUCUAGUCAAAUUCCUGUUACGGAGAGCACUACAGAAUCGUAAUAUAGGACAUAAGUUAUUUUGGUUGCUCAAGUCAGACAUGCAUGAACCCUCUGUUACCGUCCAGUAUGGUUUAAUCAUAGAAAUAUAUCUCAAGGCAAACCCCAGUCAUAUGUCCAUCCUAGACAGGCAGCAAAUCAUCCUACAGAAACUCAAAUCUAUCACAGAUAUACAUACCAAAGCAGCAAAUUUGAAGAAAAAGGCUAAAGAAAAAGAUGACUCUCCCUUGCAGAAGGUCAUGCAGCAAUCUGCAUACAAAGAGGCGUUCUGUAAAAUAUAUAGUCCUAUCACUUUAAUGUAUAAAUUAGAUAAAAUUGUUGAGAAAUCCUGUAAAGUUAUGGACUCUAAAAAGAAGCCAUUUUGGUUGGAAUGGACAAAUGAUGAUGAGAAAGGACAAAACAUACAGUUGAUAUAUAAAUGUGGAGACGAUUUAAGACAAGAUAUGCUGACAUUACAGAUUUUAGAAGUCAUGGAUACUAUAUGGCAAUCACAAGGCUAUGAUCUCAGACUAAAUCCUUAUGGAUGUGUUGCAACUGGAUGUGAAGAGGGUAUGAUUGAAGUUGUACAGAAAUCUUUAACACUUGCUGGAAUACAAAAAUGGAGAAAACUAGGACUGGAUAAGAGAUCACUUUAUGAUUGGUUAAAACAUAAAAAUCCAACUGAACAUAGUUUACAAAGAGCAGUUGAAGAAUUUAAGCUGUCCUGUGCAGGAUAUGCUGUGGCCACCUACAUCCUGGGAGUUGGGGACAGACAUAACGACAAUAUAAUGAUGAAAGAAAGUGGACAGUUGUUUCAUAUAGACUUUGGACAUUUUCUUGGAAAUAAAAAAACAAAGUUUAACAUUAACAGAGAACGAGUGCCAUUUAUUCUUACCAGCCAUUUUGAGUAUAUCAUAAAAGAUGGGGAUCAAAAGCCACAAAAUUUCGGAGAUUUUAAAGACAUUUGUGAGAGGGCUUACUUAAUCAUUCGUAGCAAAGCACACCUACUGAUUCAGUUGUUUACCAUGAUGCUGUCAUCAGGAAUACCUCAGCUUAAUAAUGUCUCAGAUAUUGAUUACAUUAAAGACGUUCUUGCCUUGAACUCAACUGAAGAAGUGGCUCUAGACAAAUUCAGGAAAAAAUUCAAAGAAGCUCAAGACAGCAGUUGGUCAACUACAGUGAAUUGGUGGUUCCAUAUGAGAGUCCAUUGAAAACAAGUGCCACACAAAGAAUGUGAUUGCAUUGCAAUUUUUAUAUUCCAGCCUCAUUUUGAAGUUUAUUGUUGAUUUACAAACCAAAUAUGUGUUCACACAAAAUCUGGUGAUUCGUUAUAUGAAGACAUUCCAUUGUUAAAUGUUUUAUUACAAAAAGAAUUUUAUUAUUGUUAUUUAUGAUACAAAAUGUAAUUAUUUUCUGUUUAAUUUGCGCCAUAGUUUGAUAGAAUAUGGAAUAUUUCUUCUACAGCAUACGCAUUUGUGCAUACCCAUUAUCACGAUAUCUGGAAACUCCUUAAGAAGUUAUCUGCUCUUGGUUCAGAUUUUUUGAAAAACAUGACCUCUAGAGAUAAUGUUUGAUUCAAAUUCACAAAUUCUCAGACUAUCUUCUAACAUAAGGAAAUGUUAUAAACCUGACCCAAAAUUAUUAAUUUACAGUAAGAUAUUCACAACAUUCCAUAUAUAAUUAUUAAGUUUUUAGUAAAUGAACUAUAAGAUAAAAAUUAUGACUUUUUUCAACAGCUAACACUGCUCUAUAAAAAGUCUAAUGCUAUAAAGACAUAUUUUUUGUUCAACUUAAGACAUUUAUUUA